AGUUUCUCCAACCUCUUUCAUCUCUUCUAAGCAACCUACCCAAACAACAUUACAUAAACCUAAAUCUCUCCUCAUACAUUUAUAGCAAAUCAUCUCUUGCUUUAAGCACACACUCAGACACACAAAAUCAGAGCGUUUCUCCCCGUCCUCUAUUCUGUUUGUACUUUUGGUCUCACUUUAAAGAUCAAAUCCGUAAAUUCAAGUUGAGAGAUUUUUUGCAGAGAACGAUAUGUUGGAAUGUCUUGUCUCUCUAGAAAGCAUGUCCUUGAGCUCCAUGGAUGUGUCUGUACUUGAAAGGCUUAAAUGGCUGCAACAACAACAACAACAAGUUCUGAGCACUACUAAUGCUUCACCUGAACUUCUUCAGUUCCAUGGAACCAACAAUGAUGAGUUGUUGCAGAAUACCUUCAGCCAUUUUCAAAUGCUUGGAUCUGGUUUUGGACCAAACUAUAGCAUGGGUUUUGGUCCUUCACAUGAAGCUAUGGAUGGCUGCAUUUCAAGAACAAAUAGCUGCCAGAUGGAUCAAGCCGAUACAGUGGGGGUAAUGUUGAACAACAGUGAAGAAAACAUAACUAUUAUCUUGAAAAACAAGAGAAAAUCAGAGGUUAAGACAAGGGAAGAGGAAAAGACAGAGAAGAAGAUCAAAGUAGAGGCUGAGACAGAGUCAAACAUGAAAGUAAAAUCAAACUUGAGUAACACGGAAGCAUCUUCAGAAACUUCAAAGCAGAAAUCAAAGGCAGCUUCAGAGACCCAGAAAUUGGAUUAUAUCCACGUGAGAGCUCGUCGAGGCCAAGCAACAGACAGACACAGUUUAGCAGAAAGGGCAAGAAGAGAAAAGAUCAGCAAGAAGAUGAAGUAUCUGCAAGAUCUUGUCCCUGGAUGCAACAAAGUCACUGGAAGAGCUGGUAUGCUUGAUGAGAUCAUUAAUUAUGUUCAAUCUCUCCAGAGGCAAGUUGAGUUCUUGUCGAUGAAACUGGCUGUCCUAAACCCAGAACUCGAGCUUGCUAUGGAGGACUUAUCUGUAAAACAGUUUCAGGCGUACUUUACAAAUCUUCCUGUAGUAGUUGCUUCAAAGCCAUCACUAAUGGUUGAUGCGCCAUUGUUUCCGCUGGAUCAGCAAGGAUCUCUAGAUUUAUCAGUGAUAAACCCGAACCAAGCAACAACUAUUGAAGCUCCAUCUGCAAGCUGGGAUACUCAGUCACAGAGUCUCUACAACACAUCUAGCCUCGGAUUUCAGUACUAAGAAAAUAUUCGUUGAAGCAAUGAAGUUGACAUCAUCAGGAUAAAAGUGACAACUCCGUGUUCAUGGAAUAUUUUCAGCUUUUGCAUUAUCUUUUGAUCCUUGUUUUCUGAUAUUUAAACCAGAAGAACUGGAGACAGCAAUUUAAUGGUCUUGUCACCAUCAAUCUUUGUGUAAAUCUUGGUUUAUAAGAUAAUAUAUAUAGAGAGAGAGGAAGAGAGUAAAUAAACACUAUGUUUUACAGGACUUAUAGAUAGAUAUGUGUAGUAGAAGAAAGAGACAACUCUUGUGGCGACUACAAUUCCUUGUUGGAUAUAUAAUAAUAUUGAAGCAUAUUAUUGAUC